AUGGACAACAACAAGGUCAAUGGAGAUUCAUUUCUUGGAUGUCACCGUCUGGGCAAGAAUGUGAUCCAGCCCCGCCCCCACCUUGACUGCUUCCGUCGGGGCCAUCUGUCACACCCCCUUGCACCACCUCUUCCACAUUGGUUCCGCCUCUAUUCCUCUGGCUCCUCUUUAGAACUCCGCACUGAUUGCCCCGCCCUCCUCCCGCCUAGUUUCGUGGCUCCUACCCUCGCAGAUCUGCUCCCAGAGAUUCUUUUCCGGCUCAGAUGGAGUCUUCAAGGACGUAGCCGCCUCAGUAACGCCAGUGCCCUCAACCGACUGCACGGCUCCCGGAGACGACAGAGGCAAUGGAGAGAUCGGAGACGAGCAAUGAUUGCCAAGGCAAACAAAUUGGACUCUGGCAAGGAAACGAGAGAGAAGAAGAAAAAGAAGAAGGCCAGGGCGGUAGAAGAAGAUGCCUUGGAUAUGGAACCCCUUGUCAAAACAAAGCCAUCUCAGAAUAGUGUGGCCUCCUCAGACAUGGUUCAAGAAAUAUCCCUGCUGAAAAAGAAAAAGAAGAAGAAGAAGAAGAAAGUCCAAGAAUCAGAGAACCUAGAUAGAGCCCCCCAUGAGGAAAGUGAAGAGGCAGAACCCAAGGACACAAUCAGAUCCCUGAAGAAGCAUCAGAGCAUGAAGGAACUGCUUCCAAAUCCUUCCGAGCUCCCAUGCCAAGAGAAGAGAAAGAAGACAAAGCCAUCCCUGGACUUGACAUCCUCUUACUCCCCAGGAGCAGAGGCAGGGGUAGGGAUGGAACUGGAAGAGGACUUUGUCAGGAAACAUAAAAAGCAGAAGAAGGAUAAAAGAUCAGAUCAGGAGAGAUCUGGGGAGCAGGAGCCCAAAGAGGCCCUUCCUGACCCUAUGGAGGAGGAAGAAGGAAAGGAAGGUGAGCCCAUAGAGCAGGGACAGAUAGAGGAGAAGCAGGAGCCCAGCAAUCUCAGAGACUCUGGUGCCAAAAAGAAGAAAAAGAAGAAGAAAAAGACUUAUAGGGAGGAGGAGGAGGAUGAAGAGGAUAGAACUGAUAACCUGCCCACUGAUGAGGCCCACAUAGAGGAUUCCAGUGCCAUUGGCAGCUACAGAAAGAAAGGCCACAAAAAUAAAAAGACCAAGGCUGAACCUGCAGAACAUAUCCCACUGCCCAGCAGCCCUAGGAACAUUGAAAAGAAAGGGAAGAAAUCUAAGAUACAGACAGAACCACCCCCUGCUGAAGAACCUGCUCCAAAGAAGAAAAAGAAGACAUUGACAACGGCAGGUAGGAAAGUCAUGCAGGACCCGAAAGGCCCAGGCAUGGGACAUGAAUCAGACUUGGAAGUGGUAUCUGAAAAAAAGGGAAACUUGGAUGAAGUCACCAUAGACACGGUCAGAAGAAAGGCCUUGCAAGAAGAGAUUGAUAGAGAAUCUGGGAAAACUGAAGCUCUUGAAACCAAAGUAGAAGCGCCUACUCGGUUUGGGCAGUGGGAUACAGCGACUUUUGAAAAUUCCGACCAAAAGAUGAAAUUCCUCAGACUUAUGGGGGGCUUUAAGAAUUCUUCCUCAGCACUCAGCAGUUCCCCAGGUACCCUGGGCAAACCAAACAUGGCUCUGAACAAGCAGGCCGCUGCCACCUUGCAGCAGAAUCUACAAGUGGAAUUUGACAGAGCCAUGAGCUGGAAGCAGCAGCGUGGAGUCGGACUUGGCUAUUCAGCUUCUGCAAACAAAAACAAAUUAUUUUAUAUAGACAGAAAUGCAUCCAGAUCUGUAAAGUUUGAUGAUUAACAAUGUCUUGUUCCUCCUCUCCCACCCAAAUUGCCAGAGUUGUUUUUAGGUUUUCUAUUACAUGAACUAAAUGUUGAACUGCUUUUUAAGUAGUAAGCUGGCGGAGCUUCAGUCGGGUGGUGGAUUUCAGAGCCCCUCAAGGGGCUAGAGGGUAAUCUGUAUUAUAAAAGCCAGAAUAGUGUUUCUAGUAUUAAAAAACACUUUUAUGUUUAAUGUUCAAAAUUAUUCUGGACGAAUGGAGGCCAUGAUAUACUAAUAUCUUUUUUUUUUUAAACCCUUACUUCCAGUCUGAGUAUCAGUUUGACAAAAAAGCAGCAAGGGCUGGAUUAAGUAUCUUGUCCACAAGCACAUAGCUAGGAAGUGUGUGAGACUAGAUUUGAACCCAGGUGCCCCCUGACUCCAGGUUUUCCCCUUUGCCAAGUUUAAUUUGUGGCCUUGGUCCUUCUAUAGUAGUGAAAUAAUUUUUGUUUAUCUGGGAGUAGCUCUGGGAAAAGGAGCAAUCAUGAAAUGCAAGAGAAGAGUUACAGCUAGAGUUAUUCUGACAUUAAGUGUUCAAGCAUUUCUAAAUAAAUUUUUUUCAUUAAAAAUUUUCAA